CAGACAAAGCAGGAAAAUCCGUAUAGAAGCGCAGAACCAAUAACUCCUCCUAGUCCUAGGAAUAAAGCCGGAAAGAGAACAGAAACUGUCGGCAAGGAAAAUAAGGAAACCAUAUCGGUCACACCUACUACCCUGACAGGAACGGGUCGAUCAGCAGCGCAGUCAACUUUCCAGCCCUCAUACGCCUCAUCGUCUCAAAGCACACUCGCAAACCUAGCAAGAAGUACGACCAAUGUGCUGAUGAGCGAAGGU